CUCGGUUCACUUCACACGGCAAGCCCAGGAGCCAGUCACACUCGGUUCACUCCACUCCACUCCACUGACGGCAGCGGCAGCAUGAGCGGCGCGGCGCGGACGGCGCGGCGACCCCAGCUACGGCACCGGGACGACGGCGCUGCUCUCUCUGGUAUCCGGCUCCCCCUCAUCCUCGCGCCUCUUCCGCAUUCCUCUCCCGCUCGGAGCCAGGGGUUUUGGGGCCGGGAUGACCUGGGGUGCGCCCGCCGUGCCUCUGGCCAUGCGGCGCUUACGGCAGAUCGACGCCUGCUCCGGCGAUGGGGCGCCUCUGAUCUCGGGCCUCCUCUCUUGAUCGCGCGGGGUGUGCGUCUGGGGUUCCGUCCGUCCGUCGCGGCUCCCGCCGCGUUCGCGAGCCGUGCGCGCCAGGGCCGAUGAUGGCGGCGGAGAAGAAACCGCACUCGCAGCCGGCGCUGUCGUGGUCGUCCAUCCCGCUCGACCUGGCCGGCCUGGUGCUCCGCCUGCUCCCCACGUACGCCGACCGCGCCCGCUUCGCCGCGGUGUGCCCACAGUGGCGUGCCGCCGCGAGGCGGCAGCAGCAGCAGCUGCCCCCGCCACUGCCACUGCUCGCGCUGCCGGACGGCACCUUCUACAGCCUACCGUAUACCAAGCCCUUCCGCUUCCCUGGCUGCGGCUUUGCUGGGUAUCAGAGUGCCUGUGGCAACUGGCUCGUCUUCCCCCGUGACGACGGCUGCUUUUUGGUUGACCCCUUCUCUAGGGAGACAGUGACGCUCCCUGCUCUCUCCAGCGUCCGGCUUCGGCCUCCAAAUGCAGUCGCUAAAUGGUCAGAGGACGGCACGGUGAAAUAUGCGGACCCUUACACUACAUGGAUGCACAUCAAUACAUCUGAGAAGCUACACAUAAGUAAGCUAAUCCUGUGCUCGCCAAAUCUCGUUGCAGCACUAGUCGGCAUCGGAUACACCAGUCAGAUUCUCAUGUGCCAGCCAGGGGCCUUGUCGUGGUCAGUACGCGCCUACGAUCGGUGCAAGCGCUUCGAAGACAUGUCAUUUUACCAGGGAAAGCUCUACGCCGUUGCCAAUGACGAGAACCUUCUUGUGGUUAACAUCAGCCAGGACCAAAGCACCGGCGAUCCGCAGGUCUCUCGGAUUGGACAAGUCAUCGAGGGUGAGCCAUGGUAUCCAGUUGUGUUCGCUGACAACACUAUACCCUGCAAGAAGCUCUACCUGGUUGAAGGGCAUGGGGCGUUGCUGAUGGUUCGGAGGGCGAUUUGGUGCAAGGUACCUGGACCUGGAAUGCGCGGCAAAGUUGUUGCCAGAGAGAGCAGCUUUGAGGUUUUUGAGGCUGACUUUGAGCAUUCACGGUGGGUCAAGGUGUCGGCUUUGGGGGCUUUGAUGUUUCUAGGGCGAAGGUGCUCCAGGGUUUUGUCCUUGUCUCAGUUUCGGAUCCUCGAUGAUCACAUCUUUUUCUUGGAUGAUGAUGAGGAGAAUCUUGUGGAGUAUGGCUAUGACAAGGAGAACACUUCUUUCGGCACCUAUGACAUAAGAUCUGACAGAGUCCGUUCUGUUCAUCGAGAUAUUUCCUGGAAGCGUGGCGAUGAGAUGCGUCUGGCAGCAUGGCUCUUCCCGCGGGACUGAAGCGGAGGUGUUAUACUGUUAUCCCUAUGCAGGCUGCUUCUGGGUUAUCUGACCGUGCCAUAGCUGUUGUUGUUCAGUGGGUUUUUUGCAAGCUGCUCACAUGUUACCUAUCUGACCGUGGUAUGUAUGGUAGUUGAUGUGGUCUUCAGUGGAACCCAUGCAAGCCAUGAAGUGCAUUAGUAGUAAUUUAUCUGAGCUAGGUUACUCUGUUUGCCUGUGUAUUAGUACUUGUCUGAACUAGUAAUUGUGGUGGUUGAUAUGCAAGCUGUUAACUACGGCGGUUUUCAACUGGUACCGUGGUUGUUGCCUGUGCCUACGAAAAAACUCAAAAUGCAUAACUUCUUCUCUGUAUCUUUGACAUGGUGGCCUUUUAUAUCUGAACUAGGUUACUCUGUUAGUUACAGUCUUAUACUGGUACUCUGAACUAAUUUAUGGUCGUUAAUGUGAAGCUGUUAACUGCAUUGGUCUUCAACUGGUAGCUCUGAUUGUUGUUGUGCGUAUGGAAGAUGUUUAAAACGCAUAACUGCUUAUAUGUAUCAUUGGUGUCCUGGUCUUUUUUCUAUUCUGUGAUGAUUUGGCACGGUGGUGUGUG